AUGUUUACCAUGAAUCUUCUUUCUACACCUCCUCCUGAAGAGGUUCCUUUGCAGGAUAGCUUAUAUUUAAUGCCUUCUGUUGAAGACAAGAAGGAUAGAGACAGCUUCAGUAAUUCACAAAACGAAUUUGAUGGUAGAGUAUUUGGUGUUCCAUUGGAAGAAUCUCUGAACGUUGCUCAAGAAGAAGUGAUUAUCCAAGAGAGUAGAAAGGAAAUCGUGUUCAUACCGGUUGUAAUAGCAAAAAGUGGGCACUACCUGAAAGAGAACGCAUUAGACACAACCGGAAUUUUCCGUAUUGCAGGGAGCAAUAAACGUGUCAGAGAACUACAAACCGUUUUCUCUAAACCGCCCGAUUUUGGCCGUAAAUUUGAAGGAUGGAAUGACUUCAAUGCUCAUGAUAUCGCAACUUUAUUAAAAAGGUAUUUAAACUCAUUGAGUGAACCUUUAGUUCCACUAGCAUUAUACGACAUUUUCAGAAAUCCAAUAUUGGAGAACCCAAAAACAAACGAACACAAGGAAGAAAUCAUCAAGAAUUACGAAGACAUCUAUAUGCUCUUACCACAACAAAACAGACAUCUGAUACUUUAUUUGGCCGCGCUAUUGAAUUUAUUCGCAAGAAAUGAAAAGAAAAAUUUAAUGCCUGCAAGUAAUUUGGCGGCCAUCGUACAACCUUCAAUCUUGUCUCAUCCCAAGCAUGAGAUGAGCCCGAAAGAGUAUGAGAUUUCCAGAACGGUCAUCGAAUUCCUCAUAUUACACGCUUUAGAUAUAAUACCGAAUACGGACUAUGCGAAUAAGGACACCAAGCCGCAUGCAGGAAUAGUAGCAAAGUUUAAGAACAUUACCGUCCCUGAAAUGGCUAUUGACUCCGACGAGGAAGAUUUUCUACACCCUUCAAUAGAUGACCAUAUGCUCCCGAGGUCACGUGCGCACUCCGACUCCAACAAUUUUACCCUGCAUCACCAUCAAGCGCUAUCCUCUAGUCCAAUAGACCUUCAUAACGAUGGGCUUUCUGUACCAAGAUCAUUCAAAGGUAGAACAUUGAGUGCAGAAUCCCUUUCGCCCAAACUUGGUAAAUUACUUGGCAACGUUGGACACAGCAAAGACCCUACAGAAAGAGUCCCUAGGAGCGAACAUAAGACCAAACACAAACAACACAGACAGUCGUGGUUGAGAAGACUCACUAGCCCUUCUAGAACGCUCCCCUAG